UUGUCUAAUGUAUAUACCGCUGCGAUGUUUGUUUAAUGUGUGUAUCGCUGUAAUGUGUGGCUGGGUGUCUUUGUCUAACGUGUGUACCUCUGUGAUAUAUGUGUGUCUGUUUGCCUGGCUCCAGCACCUGCACCAAUGCAGAUAGGUCUUGCUGUUCCUUCUGACUGUGAGGAAGUCCCUGAUUGGCUAGCACCAUUUGCGAGACCGAGCCUUACUCCCCGCUGCACUAUCAGCGCUUAGCGCUCCGUUCUAUUUUUAGCCAGGCCCCUCCCCUGUCCUCUGCCAUUCCACAUCUAUUUCCAGCUCCCCGGCUCGCCGAGCAGCCCAGUCUGUUUGUAAACUCCCCAACUCUCUCUUAUCCAUCUGCUCUUCGCAAAACCAGUGGGGGGUACCAAAGGAAACAAGAAAACAAAAACAAAGCAACACCUCAAGAUGGCCUCGGCACUUUGAUCGUCUGCCAUCAGUACUUUUUUUCUUUUUUUUUUUCUUGUGCCUCGUCGGUAGAGGUUGCCAGGUCUGUUGUGGAGAGUGGCUUCCUCUUUCACGGGGGUUGCGACUGGAACGGUGUGUGUUGUCGGAGAGAGAGAAAGAAAGAGAGGAAGGAGGGGCGGGCAGGUCGGCGAAGCCGUAUCCCAGCUUGCUCCUGAGUCAGCGAUCCACUUUCUCUCGCGCUGCCUCCCGUCUGGCUGGUCUCCCUCCUGACAUUCGGCUGUUCCCCCGACACGGUGGCUUGCUGCCGUUUGGCUGCAGCCGCCUGAAAUCUCGGACUUCUGUUUCUGCUUAAGUUUUCUCUCUGUUCCAGACAGACGAGUCUCGGUUCUUUUGUUUUUAAACCAGCAAAUCCUCUUUGAGGUUAUGACAGACCUGGAGAACACUGUACAAAGGGGAAGCAGCAGCAAGUGUGCACUUUUGGACUCUCUGGAUCCAGCCACGCUCUGAGUGUGUUUUGCUGGUGUUCCCAUGUGCUAGUUCUGUCUUUGGGUUUAAAUUUCAACCUAAGGUGUUUUGGAAAGAAGUGGAGAAUAUGGAUUUUGUCACUGGAUCUUUCACUUUGGAGAUUCCCUGAUUUUUCUACAAGAUCUUUGCCAGGCCUUUCUGCCUCAAACAACCCCCCCACCCCCACCACCCUUUACUUUCCCAUCAGCCAUCCCAGGAGACUCUGAGGACCAGAUGCGGUCUCCCACAAUUUAAGAUUAAUGACGUUCAACAUUUGUCCGACCGCUUUUUUACUCCAGUGAAUUUCCUCUUGUCUUGGGAACUUAAGACGGCCCCUGUUUACUUUUUGGACUAUCCGCUCCUCUUCGGAUGUAAACAAAUGCCAGCUGGUGGUCCGGACAUUUAAUUACAGUUUUUAAGUAUCGUCUCCUGCCAUUGCUAUUUUCCGUUUUGUUUAUUUAUGCGCGUUUGGGUUUCCUUGCGGCCGCUCGCUCUCUGCUGUGCCGUCCGGCGUUUUCUCCGCUGACUCCCGGGGGGGACGCAGCUGGACUGGCAUGCUCUUGAGGCCCACCGUGCCGGGGCUGUGCGCGAUGCUGCAGACCAUCUACGAGACGGAGUCCUGCUUCUCCUCGGAUGCGGGGUCCGGCCGGGAGCGGGUGCCGGAGCCGCUCCCCGGGACCGGGGUGCACGCCGUCCCCACCAGCGUGGAGGUGAAGACGUCACUUCCUUUGGGGAUGCAGAGCCCGGGCGGCGGCGGCGGCGAUAAGGGCGGCGGCGGCGGCGGCCCCGUGGACCUGCGGACGGACCCCCGGCUGGGCCUGGCCUCCGUGGACCCCAUGCUGAGGGAGCAGCAGCUGCAGCAGGAGCUGCUCCUGCUCAAGCAGCAGCAGGAGCUGCAGAAGCAGCUGCUCUUCGCCGAGUUCCAGAAGCAGCACGAGGUGCUGACGCGCCAGCACGAGGUCCAGCUCCAGGAGCACCUCAAGCAGCAGCAGGAGAUAAUGGCGGCCAAGCGGCAGCAGGAGCAGGAGCAGAAGAGGAAGCUGGAGCAGCAGAGGCAGGAGGAGCUGGAGAAACAGCGGCUGGAGCAGCAGCUCAUCAUGCUGAGGAACAAGGAGAAGGGCAAAGAGAGUGCAAUCGCCAGCACAGAGGUCAAGUUGAAACUCCAGGAGUUCCUCCUUAACAAGAAAGAUCCCAUGCCUGGCGGACUGAACCAUUCCUUUCCCACGAAAUGCUGGGGGGUCCACCACACCUCUCUGGACCAGAGCUCCCCCCCACAGAGCAACACUCCCGGGACACCCCCGUCCUACAGACUGCCCCCCAUGCUGGGCUCCUACGACAGCAAAGAUGACUUCCCCUUGCGCAAGACAAUGUCCGAGCCCAACCUGAAGGUGCGCUCCUGGCUGAAGCAGAAGGUGGCGGAGAGGCGGAGCAGCCCCCUGCUGAGGCGCAAGGACGGCACGGUGAUCAGCACCUUCAAGAAGAGAGCCAUCGAAAUCACGGUGUCCUCCAUGUGUAGCAGCGCUCCUGGUUCUGGGCCCAGUUCUCCCAAUAGCUCCAACAGUGCCAUCGCUGAGAAUGGGUCCAGCGGCUCUGUCCCCAACAUCCACGCCAAGCACCUGCGCUGCCAGCAGCAGGCCAUGGGCGCGGACAGGACAGCCAGCCAGCUGAGCCUGUACACCUCCCCCUCGCUCCCCAACAUCUCCCUGGGCCUGCCCGCCACUGUGACCGCCGCCAACUCGCACAUCGCCGCUCCACAGAAGCUGUCUGCGCAGCAGGAGGCCGAGCGGCAGGCCAUCCAGUCCCUGCGGCAGGGCGGCGCUCUCACAGGGAAGUUCGUCAGCACCUCCUCCCUGCCGGCCUGCCUGCCCCCCGGGCUGCCCCACGACAGCGAGCCGCCGUCCGCCACCAGCCACAGCCACUCCUCCCUGCUGCAGCACGUCCUGCUGCUGGAGCAGGCCCGCCAGCAGAGUGCGCUGCUCGCAGUGCCGAUGUACGGGCAGUCGCCGCUGGUGACGGGCGAGCGGGUCUCCGGAGGCAUGCGCACGGUCAGCAAGGCCCGCCACCGGCCGCUGAGCCGCACCCAUUCGGCCCCCCUGCCCCAGAGCCCCCAGGCCCUGCAGCAGCUGGUCAUGCAGCACCAGCACCAGCACUUCCUGGAGAAGCAGAAGCAGUACCAGCAGCACAUCCAGCUCAACAAGAUGCUGUCCAAGGGUCCCGAGCUUCCCCGCCAGCCUCCCGUCCACCCGGAGGAGACGGAGGAGGAGCUGACGGAGACGGCGGAGAUGCUGGAGGACAGGGGGGAGGGGCCUGAGCCGGCGGGGGAGGGGCCUCCGGACCAGGAGCCGCAGCAGGAGGGGCCGGGGGAGGUGGCCCCCAGCUCCGAGCAGCCGGUCACGGUGAAGGACGAGAUCCCAGAGAGCGAGGCGGAGGAGGACGACGACGAGGACGAGGCCAUCGAGUUGAAGGAGUUUGACGAGCAGGGCCUCGCUUACACCCAGUUUACGGACCAGCAGCACUUGCAGCAGCUCAACCUGUUCCAGGCGUCCAUGUCAAUCACUGGCAUGUCCCACAGGCCUCUGGGAAGGGCCCAGUCCUCCCCGGCCACUGCCAGCCUCAAAGGCGCCCCUAUUGGAGAAGCACCCAUCAAGCACCUCUUCACCACAGGCGUGGUGUACGACAGCUUCAUGCUGAAGCACCAGUGCAUGUGCGGGAACACCCACAUACACCCGGAGCACGCCGGCCGCAUACAGAGCAUCUGGUCCCGGCUGCAGGAGACCGGGUUACUCAACCGCUGUGAGAGAAUCCGGGGCAGGAAGGCCACGCUCGACGAGAUCCAGACGGUCCAUUCAGAGCAUCACACGCUGCUGUACGGCACCAGUCCUCUCAACCGGCAGAAGCUGGACAGCAAGAAGCUUUUAGGUCCAAUCAGCCAGAAGAUGUACGCGGUCCUGCCCUGCGGAGGCAUCGGGGUGGACAGCGACACGGUUUGGAACGAGAUGCACUCCUCCAGCGCUGUGCGGAUGGCUGUGGGCUGCGUCAUUGAGCUGGCGUUCAAGGUGGCUGCCGGGGAGCUCAAGAACGGUUUUGCUGUGGUGCGACCUCCAGGCCAUCAUGCAGAGGAGUCCACUGCCAUGGGCUUCUGCUUCUUUAACUCAGUGGCCAUCACAGCCAAACUCCUUCAGCAGAAGCUCAGCGUGGGGAAGAUCCUGAUUGUUGAUUGGGAUAUCCACCACGGCAACGGCAGCCAGCAAGCCUUCUACAGCGACCCCAAUGUGCUGUACAUCUCCCUGCAUCGCUACGACGACGGGAACUUCUUCCCUGGCAGUGGCGCCCCAGAGGAGGUGGGGGCCGGCGCGGGCGUGGGCUACAACGUGAACAUCGCCUGGACGGGAGGCGUGGAGCCGCCCAUGGGGGACGUGGAGUACCUGACCGCCUUCAGGACCGUGGUCAUGCCCAUCGCCAACGAGUUCUCCCCGGACGUGGUGCUGGUGUCGGCCGGGUUCGACGCCGUGGAGGGUCACCAGUCUCCUCUGGGCGGCUACCGCGUGACGGCCAAAUGUUUCGGUCACCUGACCAAGCAGCUGAUGACGUUGGCCGGCGGCCGCUUGGUCCUGGCACUGGAGGGCGGUCACGACCUCACCGCCAUCUGCGACGCCUCCGAGUCCUGCGUCUCCGCUUUACUGGGCGAAGAGCUGGACCCGCUGCCUCAGGCCGUCCUGCAGCAGGAGCCCUGUCCCAAAGCGGUGGCCUCGCUGGAGAAGGUCAUAGAGAUACAGAGUAAGCACUGGAGCUCGGUGCAGUGCUUCGCCCCCACCGUGGGCCAGUCCCUGCUGGAGGCUCAGCGCAGGGAGAAGGACGAGGCCGACACGGUCAACGCCAUGGCCUCCCUGACCGUGGACCCCGAGCCGGGCUCCGCCCAGCCGCCCAGCAGGCCCGUGGAAGAGCCCAUGGAGGAGGAGCCAGUGUUGUAGGGUGCUGCUGCUGCCAAUCAUGAAACCUCACAUCGACAUACCUGGAGAGAUGCCGCCCCCCACACCUCAACCCUGUGCCCCCACUCCCCAUGCCCCUCCCACCCACCCGGGCAUUUUCCUGCACCUGACAGAGACCUGCUGGAGCUGCCCAUCUCCACCCUCCCCCACUGCCUUUGCCGCCAAACUGGGGAAGCCAGACAGAUGGACUAACUGACAAGGCUGGUGGACGCACAGGAGGAUGAGCGGAUCGACGGCAGGAAAUUAAGGGGUGGGGCAAGCAACAGACAGGCUGGCAGUUCGGUUUGGUUACCGACGGUAACCGCCUCAGCAGGUUUUCAUUUUUACGAGCGGUAUCUCUAAACAAGCAGUUUUUAUUUUGCAUAUAUUUGAAAUGUAAAAGCCAACUAACAGGACUGACUCUUAAAACACAAGUUACUGAACGAGAAGCAAAACCAUUUUCACAAUUAUGAAACGUUGAAUGGAUUGCUUUCUAUCUUGUGAGUGUGCAGUUUCUCUCUUUGAUUGUGUCUUUGUUUGUAUAUUUCUCUGUUCAAUUUAAUAAGGUGGCUUGAAGCACAACUUAACGUGUUCAAUGUGUAUAUGUAUGUAUACAAAUAUGCAUGUGCGUGUGGGUGUCCAUUUAUACACGCACGUACACGCACAUGCACGCGCACGCACACCAGUAUGCGUUUUUGUGUGUUUGUAUACAUAUUCCUGCAUAUGUAUACUGUGUGUAUAUUUGUGUUGUCUUUUUGUUCUCUUCAGUAGUUGACUGUGGAUUGGGAGGUGUAGUCCUGGGGGGAGGGUGCUUUUGUAUUUUCACUAAGGGCUGCCGAAACACAACUUUUUUUGCCGCAGCCAAACUUUUUCCUCGGACUAUAUAACACCCCCCCCCCUCCCCAGACACGCCCCACAGUCGCACCCAAGGCAAAAGCAGCUCACAGCGCCCCCUGUGGAACUUGAGGACAGCCACCGAAUGCUAGGGUGAGAGGAGGGGAUGAAUUGGCCUUCCUCGUUGGUCCUCGAGGGAGGAGGGCAGCAGUUUGACGGGUAGUUUCCAACCAAGGUGAGAUGAACGUUGGAAAGUUUCAAGAGGAACUUGGUGCCUUUUCUAAAAUGUACAUUUUAAAAAAUCCACGCAAUCAUUACUCAUUUUUAUGGAAAAAUGCCUUAAUUUCCUUAAAAAAAGUGCACCAAUUCUGCAGACGUGACUAAGAUCGUUGGAUUCUUUCUUGUUGCUGUCUUCUUUUUUUCAGUUUCUCCCACACUGUCGUUUACCGUUGCCAGUAGAGGAGUGCUGGGAGUGUGUGAGGCAUAAGGUCAAAGGUCAUUUUGGGACACUUGCUGGUCCGUGACCUCGACCCUGUCCGCUUCCUCUUUAUUUAUUUGUACUGUGCCCUGAACGGCAGGUUGUGUAAUUAUUUGGAACUUUGCGAUACACUUUGUGACCAACUAUUUCACUUCUUUUGUCAUGUGUAAAUAAUGUAUUCAGCUUUCUUUAUUCUUACCUGAAAUCACAUUUUUUUGUUGAUUUUUUUGAGGAAGGAUGCCAUAUUGGCAGGUUUUUUUUUCAAUAACAAUGUAACAGGCUAUAAAUCCAACCAUAUAGACUUUUAAUAUAAAAGUAUUAUUUAGUAAAAAAAAAAAAAAAGUGCAUAAAGUGUUUUAUUUUUAUUUUUUUUACUAAAACUGUUGGUUUGAGUAAAGGGGAGUUGUUUUAAGGUAACUGCAAAAUUGAAAAAAUUACUCAUAAGAUUGAGAAAGUAAUCAUAUUUCUGAAAUUUCUAAUUAACACCAUGUGCUGGAGAAUUGUACACUACAGCCUGGCCCAAAAAGUUUUUAAUCUUCAGCAAUAUAAUCAAAUAUUUUGAAUCUUGAAUGAAUUCCAUUAGAUUUGUUAUUUUCAUUUUUUAUUUACAACUCAGCAAAGUUUUAACACUGACAUAUUGAGGUCUGUCAUAAACUGUAUACUGUAUGAAAAUUAUAUAGGGAAAAAUAACUGACAUUUGGUUGUAUAAGGUGCACCCUGCUUAUGUUCCCAACGCAGCUUUUCUUGUAUAUCUUUGGUUCCAGGUGUAGCUAGUUUAGUUACGAUGCUGGACUGUGGGAUGAACCAAAGUAUACCUGUCUUCUGUCAUUCUUACUAUUCAUCCACUUUGGCCUUUCCAGCUUCGCCCUCCUCAAAAAGGCGUUUAAUGUAGUGAUAAUCCCCAUGAAAUCUGUACGUAAACCAAUGCGUUUGCUUUUCCUGAGCGUAAAAAAAAACAAAACAAAAAAAAACGCGGUAGUGCCCAAUUCUUCUCAGUUCUGAAGUCACUUCGAUGAGUUACUCAAAACAAUCCCGUUGAGACGUGCCGUUUGUACCCAUCUUCGUCCCCGGAUGUUCGGGGGAGGGCUAGAACCAUAGCACACGUGCCUGCUAGCAUGAAGAGAUUUCGGCUAUGUUUUUUUCCUCCGCAAAAAAAAAUAAAAAUGGAGGAUUAAAUCAGUUUCACGAAGAUUUAUUUAUAGCCGCGAGAUUUAAACACGCAACACGCGCCGCCUUGAAGGUGAGCUACAUUAUUGACCAGUCAGAUCCGUCGGCACUUUUGGGAUAUUGGGCAUUUUCCACCAAAUUUUUCACCGCUAUUUUUUAGUGCAACAGAUCACUUCAUAACUGAAGUAAUGCAUUUAAAUUAACUGUUCUUACAACUCUGAUGUAACUUUUUUUUGGUAGGUGGUUUUAAAAGCCUUAUUGGUCAGUUGAGCAAAUAAUUUUUUUUAAAUACUUUUUUUCCCUUCGUAACCAGCCAUAGCACAAAAUAGCCACAAUAAAAAAGGUCUUAUGUCAGAAGACAGAGGUGUGAAACAUCCAUCAAUCACCAUUAAAAUAGCUUUAAUGUUGUGCCCACACUAUUUUGCUAUUCGGUAAAUAUGUAUAUUUAUUGAUAUUUCAUAUGUUGUGUAUACUGGUAUUUGGUGAUUGAUGAUUGUUAAGAUUUAAAGAGUAAUUGUAUAUUUUUGACUUUGAAAAGAGAGGUCUGUUUCACAUGUUGUGUCCUUCUAAUGUCCUGGUGUUUGAAUCUCCAUACACUGUGGUUGGAUUUUGAAUUACAUGACCAUCUUUUACCAUAUAUUUGGAAUAUAUAAAAUGCCUCGGUUAUAUUGAAAUGCAGACGUUUGAGAUUAUCAAAGCACAUUCCUUAAUGUCUGUUCUUUCCUGUUAAAAAUAAUAGACGUACAUAUAUAUACAUUUGAUAUACAUAUUGUAUAGAAAUUUGUAUGUAUAUGUAUUGUGUUGCACACUAUUUUAGUAAUCUGUAACUGUGAAUAUUCUUGAUGAGGAUAAAAAAAAUCAUUUUCCCUUUAUUUUCUCCUUUUAUGUAAUAUUGAUGGUUGCAUUGUGUACAGUGCCGCUCUGUGGUGAAACAGUGCAAUUGCAGUAAGGAUCUUAAAAAGGGAACGUUGUGGACUCUCCUUGGCGUUUUAUUUCAGGGUAUGUAUGUACAUUGUCAAACGUUUUUAAAAAAAAUUUUUUACUAUACUCAGUGUAACGUCGUUACGCCUUUUUAAACAUCGGGCCUGUAGUUUUGUUCCUCUUGACACGAUUCACUGUUACGUUGCAAAGAGCUCGUGGCUCUUCCAGGUUAUGUGAAGGGUCAGCUGUGGGCAAGGCCUGCCCAGUGAUUCAUGUGAUGAAACCCAUAUGAGAAAAGGCCCAGGGUUUCUCCUGUUGUCUGUUGUCACCAAGAUGUACAAAGGCUUGGGGGUCUUAAUUCAAAUUUGCAGGGAACGGGAGCAGACUAAUGCAGGGAUGCUAACGCGCAUAUAUCCCACUCUCGAUGGGGAUUGUCUUGCGAUUCUGGCAAUAUUGUUCAGGUCCAUGUUAGUUUCUUGCUAAUUUUAUGUUUAUUUUCAUUCGCCCAUGCUUGUCUCCAGUGGUACGUAGGUAGGAUUUUAGAGGUUGUGUUCCGGGGAAUUGGUUAUGUGGUUCGAUAUGCGUUGUAGGUUAAAUUCGAAUUAACUGUGGUGACUAAAGCCUCUCAAAUCGGCAGGAAAGUCUGUGUCACAACAUGACACCGUUAUCGUCGUGUAUCAGUGGGUCACAUAUCGGCGGGGUCACCGGUACCUCAAAGUGCCACUUUUUAGAGAGCUGCGAGAAAUUCAGUGUACCACUUUUUUUUUUUUUUUUUUUUUUUUCUGGUGACAAUCCUGUAUUCUCCAUGGGAUUGACUAGUAUUGUACUCGGUUUCUUAUUUUGACCCUGGUUUUCUAAGAAUUCGAUCUCAUUUUCAGCCUGCGGAACCCGAUGUCUUUGAGGGGGAGCUGUUGUUACCCCGUCAUACCUGGUACCAGAGGCUUCCUCUGGGAACAGCAGCUAGUGCCCGACGUGCCGGAAUGAAACACGAGCUAGCGUCCUGUCCAUUGUCUUAGCCCCGACUUACGUCGUAUCCCUAGAUGACCCAAAACUCCGUUUGGAUCGGACGUACAAGUCUUGUGCCGUGUUGUCGGAAAACCGAAUCUUUUCCUCGCCCGGCAACUGUCGAAUGCCGUGUUCUGUCACCCCGCUUCAGGUUGAUGCAUCCCCGCCCCCUCUUUUUUUUGUCAGAUUUCAUUUAGCAGGAAUCAGGAUUAGGGAUGUUUCCAGAUAACUACCUAGGGAUUCACACACGUCUGUAUUCUGUCAGGUCUCUUCUCAUUUGUUUGGUUUCCUGUCUGAAACCUUUCCAGGGCCUUGAAAUAAAUGAAUUUUUGCAGUUUAAUCCAAAGUGACAGCCACAAUAAUGUAGAAUUUUGAUGGAGUUGUAUCCAUUUUGCUACUGAAGAUUUGUUCUGCUAGGCUGUAAUAUGUAGAGACAGGGAUUCUGACCUCUCCAAAUAUGUUCCAGAUGGGCAAACACACAUCCAUGUAAUCAUCACUGGGCUUCAUGUUCAUGGGCUUACGGUAGAUCACCUAAGAACUACACUAACCUACUCUAUUUACAAAUAAAUAUAUGUAUAGAUGUGUACGUUUGUGUAUGUGUAUAUAUACACACACACACACAUACAAAGUCACUCACAAACUGCAAAUUCACAGCCACAUUUGUAUUUAUAAGAAGCACAAUUGUACGGUGUGGCAGUGACAUGGGCAGUUCUCUCAGCCCGUUUCCCAAAUACAUUCUCUUUUUGUGUGCCUAUGGUGAGCAAUACUACACCCAAGCACUGCCUGGAUUGAGUUUGUGCUGAAGUGUGUAGAGAUGGCUUGGGUUACCAGACACCCAGAUGAUACUGGGCGUUUAUGAAAUGUAAGUAAUAAGGAUGAUGGUAAUGGUGUGCUGCAGGUAGCACUUUCCCCCAGUCCCUUUAUAAUAGUCCCCAUUCUGACAGGUUGUCAGCCAUAUUGACGUAGUACAAUCUGGAUGUGGGAGUAGCCGCAAUAGCGAGAGAAUGUGGUCCUCAUCCUCCCCAACAUCCAUUGAGAAGGUGGUUACUGUUGUGCCUGUUUGAAUACAAAUUGUCAGGGUUGUGGUGGAUUGUGUGUACCAAGGAAGUUUCCUCUAUGUCACCGUGUCAGUUGUCGCUGCUGACUGUGUGACAAAUUUUUUUUUUUGUCUCCAUAGUUUGGGUGAAAGGCACUUUCAAACAGUAGUGAGGCGGGAACACCUGUUGUGUCUUGGACAAGUUCAAGUGUGCUUUUUUUCUUUGGCACAAGACAAACAGAGAUGGCACUUUAUUAAAACAGUUUUCUAAAAUGACACAUUGUUAAAAUUAUACCCAUUUCAAAUUAAUCAGUGCUGGUGAUUGUUUUGUUUUUUUCUUUCCGUUUGGGAAAAAAUGUGUUAUUGACUUCAUUUCCAAGUUCUUUUUGUAUUCAAGAACACAUUUGGUGGACACAGCAAAUGGUUGAGUGUUCUUUUAAGUUCAAGUGUGUCCUUACAGUGGUUGAUGACCAGUAAUGUGUUGUAGAAAAUGUUUUUUUGUCACUUUUUUUGUUUUAACUUUUUCUCUGGAGUAAAAACAAUGGGAUACUCCUUGAAAAAAGAAAUCUUGUUAUCUUUUAUCAGUCUUUGUUAUCUCUUUCAUGUUUCAAAGUAUUUUGUAUCAUGUUAUAACAUUUGUCUUUGUGUAAAUAAAUUAUAUUGUUUCUGCCAAGA